GGAACAAAAUACCUUAGGCGUGGUUUGCAUUUUUCUCCCUUUAUUCGUUCAAGAUGUGUGGAGCGGCCAUCCUGUAACAGUGUAGCUGAAAUCUGCUGAAAAGAGGAGUCUUUUUUAAGGAUUUAAACUAGCAAAAAACACAACAAAAGGUUACUUAUUUCACCAUGGCAACUAUCAACAACAUUCCCCAAGAGGAUCAGAGCGUAACUGAAGAAGGGGCCACAGAAAAGCCGCAGUUAACUGGAGACAUAAUGUGUGAUUCCUGCAUGGACAUUCCAAGCGUUGCCUUCAAAUCCUGCCUGACCUGCUUAGUGUCUUACUGCGAGUCCCAUUUGAGACCUCAUCUGGAAAAUGUCAAAUUUCAAAACCAUCGUCUUGUUGAACCCCUCCACGACAUCGACUGCCCCAUUUGUGAAGUCCAUUGUCUGCCCCUGGACCGCGUCUGUCUGGACCAUGGCUUCUGUAUCUGCUCCAGUUGUGAGACAGAGGUGCACAAGGGUCACAUGACUGCAUCACUGGUGGAGGCACGAGCAAAGAUAGAGAUUGAAUUGCAGGAAAAACAAGUCGAGAUAACCCAGAGUGUGUCUGAAGCUGAAAGAGCCCUUGGAAAACUACAAGGCAACAAUGAUACAGUAAAGACAUUAGUGCAAAAUGUUAGUGCAGCGUUUGAGCAGCAGUUCUCCAGGCUGCACAACACUGUGGAAGAGGCCAAAAGGACGGCCAUAGAGGUGUUGGACAGAGAACAGAGGCAGGCCCUCCGACAGUCUGACAGUAUACAGGCCCAUGUGGAGCAAAGGAGAGAAGAGCUCACCAAACUCCAGGCUCAAACAAACAAGCUGCUCAGGGCCAAGUCUAACAUGGAAUUUCUACAGAAGUACUCAGAGUGGAAGAAAAUGUCCCCAGAUGUGUCUCUUCCUGCCGUUCAUAUUAAGAACAUGGAGCAUCUCUCCUCUUAUGUGCAAACUGUAACACACACCACCAAACAACUGUGUGAGCUGCUUCUCUCAAGUUACAAGGAGAGCAUGGACAAGGUGUUCAAAAGUGGCUAUAAAGCCAAGCCCAAGGAUGCCGAGCCUUCACCUCUUCCUCUGCCUGUGACCAGAGAGGACUUCCUGAGAUACCAAAAGAGCCUGACAUUUGAUCCCGACACCAUCCAUAACUUCCUGCGUGUGACAGAGGACCACAGGAAGCUGACCAACACCAGUCCAUGGCAGCACAGUUAUGUGGACAAUGUCAGUCGCUUUGACUACUGGAGACAGGCCUUGACUUCAGAUAGUCUGUAUCUGGGUAGACAUUACAUUGAAGCAGAUCUUAGUGGGGAGGGCGCUCACAUUGGAGUCACAUACAAAAGCCUAGGUCGUAAAGGAGAGCAGGUAACCAGCUGUAUAUGCCAAAGUGAAUAUUCCUGGUGCAUUGGGAGAAACAGUAAAGGCUUUUCUGUAUGGCACGCAGGUGUGGAGACACCCCUACAUGUCACAGACAUAACUACAGUUGGUUUAUACAUUGAUUUUCAAAAAGGCCAAGUGUCUUUUUAUAAAGUAAAUGAUCAUUUUGAAUUGCUGCAGAGCUUUGAGGCAGAUAUUUUAGAACCUUUAUAUGUUGUUGUGUGGCUAUCCAAAAAAGACAACAAAGUGCGGCUUUAUGAUUCUAACAAAACAUUUUAAUUGAAGAUAAAAUAAUAUACGUUUCUUUACAGAUAAAACGCCAUUUAAAAAAAUAAAAAAAUAAUUAAUAUUGUGGGAACAUGUAAUCACCUAGUAAUUUUCGAUUAUUGUUAUAAUUUUACUUAAAUAAAAAUUCUACUCGCAA